AAAGCAGUAAUUAAUGGGGGAGGAAAAGAGGAGAGCAGACAACAGAGAGAGGGAGGGGUGGGGGAGACCAGUACUAAUGCUAAUAAAUAAAUAAAAUGAGUGGAGAAGCGAAGAGAAAGAAGGCAAGGCAAUAAUACUGGGUCAGAUUGAGAAUUCGAAGAAACAACAACAGCACCACGUUAUGUAGAGUAGAGGAGGCAAUGGCAUGUGCCCACAUGGCUUAUUGUAGCUGGACACAAGAACAAUAAAUACUCCCUACGUUCUUACCUGUUUUUAACCUAAAGUACAAGACUGCCACUCGGUUUUUCUUAGAGAGAGAAAGCGAAAGGAAAGAAAGCAGAAGUCUUUCUUUUUUUGGCAAAAAAUGAAGGAAAACAGUGAUGGGUUUGUGAGAGCAGAUCAGAUUGAUCUCAAAAGUCUAGAUGAACAAUUGGAGAGGCAUCUCAAUAGAGUAUUGACUCUUGAAAACAAGAACAAGAGAGAUGAUGAUGAUGGUGAUGUUGUUGUUACUGCUAAUCCCACACCUACGCCUUCCACCACUAGAACCGCCCCUUUCAAGAAGCAGAGGCAGGAAUGGGAGAUCGACCCUUCUAAGCUCUCCAUCAAGACUGUAAUCGCUCGUGGUACUUUUGGCACUGUCCACCGUGGCGUCUACGAUGGCCAGGAUGUCGCCGUUAAACUGCUUGACUGGGGUGAAGAGGGUCAAAGGACAGAAGCUGAGAUUGCAGCACUAAGGGCAGCUUUUACUCAAGAAGUUGCUGUUUGGCAUAAGCUUGAUCAUCCAAAUGUUACUAAGUUUAUAGGGGCAACAAUGGGCUCAGCAGACCUACAAAUACAAACUGCGAAUGGUCAAAUUGGGAUGCCAAAUAAUAUAUGUUGUGUUGUUGUGGAGUAUCUUCCUGGGGGUGCCUUGAAAUCAUACCUUAUAAAAAACAGGAGAAGAAAGCUAGCUUUUAAAGUUGUCGUUGAGCUGGCACUUGAUCUUGCAAGAGGGUUAAAUUACCUUCAUUCUCAGAAAAUCGUUCACAGAGAUGUAAAGACUGAAAACAUGCUAUUGGAUAAGACACGGACUGUAAAAAUUGCUGACUUUGGUGUUGCUCGUAUUGAGGCGUCAAAUCCUAAUGAUAUGACUGGGGAGACAGGAACACUCGGAUACAUGGCUCCUGAGGUUCUCAAUGGCAAUCCAUAUAACAGGAAAUGUGAUGUGUACAGUUUCGGCAUCUGUUUAUGGGAGAUAUAUUGCUGUGACAUGCCUUAUCCUGAUCUUAGUUUCGCAGAAGUAACUUCAGCUGUGGUCCGCCAGAAUCUAAGACCAGAGAUUCCAAGGUGUUGCCCAAACUCUCUAGCAAAUGUAAUGAAGCGUUGCUGGGAUGCUAACCCUGACAAGCGCCCUGAGAUGGAUGAGGUUGUCUCCAUGUUGGAGGCCAUUGACGUAACAAAAGGUGGAGGCAUGAUCCCUCCUGAUCAACAAGGGGGUUGUUUUUGCUUCCGCAGGAAUCGAGGUCCUUGAAGGAUAUGAACAAUUGUGAUAGUUUGUUUCAAGGUUUUUGAUGGUCCAACAUAAACCUUGAAGACAAAGGAGAUAUAUGAUACCAAAAGGGGAAGAAAGAUGAUGUUGGAUAUAGGGUGAGGGGCUGUCACAUCCAACUUUAUCGAGGUAAAGUUAUUUAGCUGCUCUAUUCUUGUAAUAUUUUUUGGGGUGGUUUUAAGAUGUGUAUUUUUUCAAAUUGCCUCUCAUGCUAGACUGGCUUGAUUACUUCAUGCAUAAGGUCUAUAUAGCUACCAACUAAUGUCAUUGCUAGAACUCAGUUGAUUGGUACUGCUCCUUCUAUUCCCUUGGUUUAUCUCUUACGUUAAAUAUUUUACUGUUCUUAUAUUUUUCAAA